AUGAUAGUAACCAUAUUGCUAAAGAUAUGUGCUAUUUUGAUUCCAAUAGCAACAUAUGGAGACGUCAGAGCUGAAUUGACACCAUCACAACAUCACGAAAUAAAGACCAUGCUUCAGAAAGACCAAUCAAAGCCUCCAUUUUAUGAGACAGUAAACCAAACCAAAGUCCGAAUCACUGUACACAUGACCCAAAUGAGGUUCAUCAAUACGGCGGAAGCGGACUUUACAUUUUAUUACUACCAGAUUUGGAAUGAUCCCAGACUGAAAUUUCCCUUCGCUGGUAACACUAAUUUUAGCGAGUAUACAUACCACGUGGUUGAACGUAAUCAUUUCGGAAAUAUAUGGCUGGUAGAGAGCUACAUCGAAAACGAAUUACAUUCCCGUGUUCACGAUUCAUCGAUGCCAAACCGAUUUGUAUGGCUGCUGCCAAACGGAACUGUCAUAUACAGUUUGAGAAUGACUGUUGGACUUGCAUGCGAGCUGCGGGGCUUUCUUUUUCCCAAUGGUCUUUUUGAUUGUCUGUUGAAAUUUCGGAUCCACUCGUACACAAACGACCAAGUUUAUAUGGAAUGGGACUCCAUCAACAAACCGGUGAUAAAUAUAUCUUUUGCAAACCCGGAAGUGAAAAUGCAUACCUGGCAGUUUACGGAGUGCUCUUCAGAUAUGAGUGCAGUCGUUGACAGCUCUUGCCUGCAACUACUGGUACGUGUUCAAUUCAGUUUUGCCAGCAGCGCUGUGCGUUUGUUUUUACCUAGCGUUUUUAUCGUACUCGUUGGAUGGCUGAGUUUUUGGAUAGAACGUUCGGAAGUCUCGUCUAGGGUCAAACUCGGAACACUGUGUUUGUUAGCAAUGAUAACGGAACAAGUAGGAACGAAAUUGUUCCUUCCGGUCGAGUUCACGAUAUCCUCCAUGGAGGUGUGGUUUGUGAUGUCUCUGGUGUUUGUCGUGGUGGCCAUGAUUGAAUAUACAUUCGUACAUGCUGUAGAUAUCUUCCAGGAGAAAGUAAAACAACAGCAAGAAUUGAAGGAGAGAGUUCGUACAGAAACAGGAGGAAUCGGUGAUCCUCAGGAUAUUAAGCAAAGGAGCAACGUAGAUCUCAUCGAAAUGAACACAUCGCCAACGGGUAGUCCAGUUGAUUUCGAAUCAUAUGGCAAUGAAAAGGACGAUCUAAUGAACAGCUUUGGUGCCAGAUUUAUCAUGAUGGUGCCAACUGGUGUGGUGGAGAAGUACUUCCGGAUUUUUUACCCAAUUGCCUAUCUCUUAUUCCAGUUCCUGUUUUGGACAAUCUUCCUUAAUUAUGAAGAAGUGCUUUAA